CGCAAAGUACCGAAAGUGUUUUCGCCAUCUGAUCCAUUUUCUCCUGCCCAACUGAUUCCAGAGUCCAUCCAGGGAGGCGAAAAUUUCGACGGGGAAGUAGAAAGCCCUGACCCGCGUAAGAUCGGUUGGCAGAGGCACUAGUGAGCAACUGAACUUUGUCAUAAGGCGCCGCAUCCAGUUCCCGCUUUCAGGUUCUCUCUCACUCUGACACUAACAAAACUGAGAAUCUCUCUCAACCCUCAACAUCCCACAUACCCACAUACCUACAUCACCCCCAUCUCCCAUCAGAUUCGCUUGUUCUCCGUCCUUAGAACUCCUUUAACACUCUCCAAACAUAUCGAAAGCCAAGCCAGGCUUAUUCCUGCAUCAUGUCGGAACCCAUCAGAAACAAGAAGCUCGAUACCAUGAGUACCGCUCCCACUCCUCAAAAUACUCCCGCCAACGCGGCACCGAUAUCUUCAAGGGCUCAAGAGCCGGGUGUUUCCACCAUCGAUGAAGAGGAACUUGACCGAGUCGCCGCCCUUUCCACCCUUUCAAAAGACCCGCGCAUCCUCGCCGCCAUCCAAGGACGGCUGAACCACCUGGUCGGUCAGCCCUCUGGAUACGUGGAGAAGCUGCCGCUGGUGGUUCGACGACGACUUGCUGGCCUCAAGGCCGUGCAAAAGGAGCACUCGAAGCUCGAAGCCGAGUUCCAGGAAGAAGUCUUGGCGCUCGAGAAGAAGUACUUCGCCAAGUUCACCCCGCUGUACCAGAAGCGAGCGAAGGUCGUCAACGGCGAGGUGGAGCCGACCGAGGAUGAGAUCACGACCGGAGAGGAACAGCUGAAGGAAGGCGGGAUCGGCGAGCCGUCCGAAGAGGCGGACCAGGCCACCGAUGUCAAGGGCAUUCCCGAGUUCUGGCUGUCCGCCAUGAAGAGCAACAUCUCGCUGGCCGAUUUGAUCACAGACCGGGACGAGCAGGCCCUGAAGAAUCUGACCGACGUCCGCAUGGAAUACCUUGACCGUCCCGGGUUCCGCCUGAUCUUCGAGUUCCAGGAGAACGAGUUCUUCACCAACAAGACGAUCACCAAGUCCUACUUCUACCAGGAAGAGAACGGAUACGGUGGCGAUUUCAUCUACGAUCAUGCUGAAGGCGACAAGAUUGACUGGAAAGCGGGCAAGGACCUCACCGUCCAAGUAGAGAGCAAGAAGCAGCGCAACAAGACCACCAAGCAAACCCGCAUCGUGAAGCGCACCGUCCCCACGGAAUCGUUCUUCAACUUCUUCAGCCCCCCGGAGGCACCGUCAGACGACGACGAGCGCGAUCCCGACGACGACAUCGAGGAUCGUCUCGAGCUCGACUACCAGCUCGGCGAAGACAUCAAGGAGAAGCUCAUCCCCCGCGCCAUCGACUGGUUCACCGGCGAAGCGUUGCGAUACGAGCAGUUCGAGGAUCUGGAUGAGGACGAGUUCGACGACUUCGACGAGGAGGAGGAAGACGAUCUCAGCGAUGACCGCGACGAUGACGAGGAAUCCGAUGAUGGCGAGGAGGGCGGUAAGCCCAAGCAAGAGGCCGCGGAGUGCAAACAAAGCUAAGCGUCGGUAGUCCCGGUCAAAUGAUCCAACAUCAAAUGACGCCGGUGAGGCUUUACCCGCGGAAGCGCCCAGCUACCGUUAAUCGCCAUCCUGC